AUGAUGCAUAGCGUACUAAUAUUAUUUAUCGCGGCAAUUCCAUUAAAAACAACUCUUGGUUACAACGUCGGUACAUCACCUAAUAUAAGCGUAAUUAAUCGUCGACCUUUACCUGCAAUACCAAUUGAACAAAAUGAUGAAAACAAGAAUGGCCGAUCUAAUGAUCAGAGUAAAAGUGUACCAUCAACUAGUAAAAUCCCACCCACCAGUAUUCAGGCCGAACCUAUAUAUGAAGAUAUAUAUGAUUAUGGUGAUGACUGGCAGGAAAGUGAAUUUAGACCACUUUCAACCAAUAGCACAUUCACUGGGAGCCCAUAUGGCUCAAUCGCUGGAAGUGUCAAUGACGAUUAUAUGAAUAUAACGCUGAAGGAUUAUUUGAGAGCAAAGAAGAGAGGCAUUGGUAGGACUUAUCAAAGACAUGUGGGAUCUAAGGUAACUAAUAUCAAGGAUAAAGCCUCAAAUGCAGUUGGAAAUGCCAAGCAUGCAAUAGGAGACAGAAUAUUCAAAACGAAAUAUGCAAUUGGUAACACAGCAUACAAUGCAAAGGCGGCUGUUCUAAAUGUUGCAACUAAAGCGAAGAAUAAUGUAAGUGGUGCGGCUAGGAAGGCUGUACAUGUAGCAACCGCUCCUAGUAGAAAAGUUAAAAAGAUAUACAACUCCUUCAAAACUUAUCCUAAAGAUAACAUUGUAUUAAAAAGUUACGAACGAGAUGAUAUAAAAGAUGAAUAA